CCAAUCGCCAUUAAGCUCGAAGAAAAAGAGGAAGAAGGGGAAAAAACGUUCCGCAGGGGGAUAGACAGUUAUGUUAUGUUGACACAGAUUUAUAGGUUUGACUUAGAGACUUCAGAGGGUUUGCUCAUGGUGGUUGUGUUUUGUCAGCAUGGAGUGUGGUGGCCUGGUCAGUGACUUGGUGUCUCCGGAGUCGACGGUGACUUCCUUGCUGUCGAGCUCUGGUCAUCUGAGAAGCAGCCUGCUGCUUCCUGAACACAACACCACCUACAGAUACAGAGACAAGAACUAUGACUCAGCCUCAGUGGCGCUGGAUGCCUACAUUGCAGACUUCGAGAGGAGUCAUCAGAACAGUGGGUCAUUGACAGGACAAUUAGUUCUGCCACACAGUCCCCUAUCCACACCAAGCAGACCCAGAGUGCAUACACUCAGAAACAAAGAUGUUCUCAGGGAGAGUUUGACUGAUAGAGAACUGGACUUCCUGAAUCUUCCUGUCAGCUCCCUCUGUCACCGUGACAACCGAGAGAGACUCUCCAUGACGACGGAAGAGCUGCUGUCUAUCCCUUAUGAUGGCUCGAUGCCUGUCACCCAUACCUCUGCUUUCAUCCAAGGCCUCCUGUCCCAGUCUGGUACCUCCAGACGUGGAUACAAAGCCAGUGCUGAGCUCAGGAGCAGUCACGCUGCCCCCCGACUGAACCACAGCCAUCCUCACCUAAUCAGGACACCCAGAAGCUGCAGGUCCAGAGGAAGACCAGAUGCAGUUCCAUUUAAUACACUUGAUGGCAGCUUUAAGUCUGCACACAAAGCAGCAGGCUCACAGUGGGAAAACCCACCCUCGUCGCUCCACCUCCCUCGCUGGUUCACCAGCAACAAGGCUGAUAUGGACUGUUCUGAAAUGAGUAACGUGCCAGACCUGAAGUACCCAGCUUGGAUCCAGCACUGUGACCUCAAUGAGUCACCACCGCCCCCAGAGUCAGAGCUGUGGAAUGACCAUGCUCCCAGGACCAGAGCUCCAUCAUGGGUAGCAGAGCUGGAGGAUGAUGAUCCCAACCAGACAUGGCCACAGGCUGACAGCCAGCAGACUCUUAGAGAUCUGAGUCUUCAGUUUGCUGAACAGAUCUCGCUGCUUGCCACAGAGAGAAAAAGCUCUGACAUCAUGGAAACUCCGUUCACAGACAGGAGGAUCGAGGCUCUGAUCCAAAAGGUGGAUCAGGUGUUGAACUCUCUAUCUCAGAGCUGUGGAAGACCAGACAGUCCUGCAGAUUCAGUCCAUCCAGUGAACACCGAGGAGCUGCUGCUCAGCUCGCCCUCACGCUGUGCUCCAUUCAGUCUGGACUCAGAAGCAGCAGGAGGUGUCACAGAGGCUCAGCCUGACAGAGGAGCUCAGGCUAGGGAAUGCAGUCUCCAUGGAAACAGCAUCUGGAAGCAGCCUGGUCCAGUGGAGGCUUUAAAACAGAUGCUCUUCAGACUGCAGGCACUCGAGGCAGAGGUUAAGCAACAACAACGGCAACAACAAGCAUCACUAGCUCCAACACUCGCAGGCAGGCUACAGACAGAGGGGACUCCAAUGGAGCAGGGGCCUGAAGGUGAAUUCGAACUGGAGGGUUUAUCUGGUGGACUGUCUCUGGAGAGAGCACUGCAUCACCUGAGCUGCCUGAAGCUGCUGGUGGAAGAACCCAGACAGAAUCGCAGAGUGGAACAGGAGGAAAAGGAUGAAGAUGAGGGACGCUACUCAUCCUCAUCUGCAGAGGGACUCCUCUGUACUCAGCAGAAAUCCUCUUUAAGCUGACAGCCUAUUUAUCAGGUCGUCAGACUUCCUGUCAACGUCUGCAUCAGUCAUCCACUCCUUGCUGUUUCCUGUGAUGUCCUUUGCCCACAGGCAGCUCAGUGAAGGCUGCUCUGGAUUUGUAUUUUAGAAAAAAAGGUGCCAUUCAUCUUAACACACAUGUAGUACAGAGACCAAACCAGACUUAAUAGGAACUAUUGGAAAUGUGUGUUUUCCAGUGAAGGAAUCUGUGAGAUUUAAGAAACAAUGGUGACAUUCUGGGAAAAGCUCUUGUUUGACAUUUCACCAAUCAGAUGAAAACAUGGUAACCUAAUGCUUAUAUCACUAAUUCCCUUCUUUUAAUAGUUCUUUCUACAUGUGUUUAAUGCAACAAGGAAGUCAGUUUCUGAGUUGUUAGAAGGUGCAUUUGGUUUUCCAUUUUGAGCAAAUGAGUUUUGAAUGUGCCAGUAUGAAUGUCUAGUUGUUUAUUACUGCAUAUAAAUAUGACAAAUCCUAUUUGUCGCCACCCUGGCGGCAAGACUUUGGACAUGGCAGUGUUAAAACACUAACUAUUCACAAACUUGUUUGAUUUGCAUUAAGAUGUUGGCACGAAAACAUGCAAAAUAUGGAGAACAGAAGUGCCUGAGAAACCAAACAAAUGCCUCACAUGUUAAGUAUAAUGCUGAAGGUCAUGAAA